GUCGACCUAACGCUGCUUUCUCUGCGGCGGCCGGAGAGGUACUCCGGCGAAGAAGGUAUCUCUUGCUGGGUUUCUGGCCGACCCACUUCUGUCGGCUCCGAGGCGGGAAGCGCCUUUUCCACAGUGAGCCACAGCUGUUCCCCGCCUCUACAGAAGACCCUCCAAUACCAGCAGGAUAUCAAUGCAAGCCUGAAUAAGAAGAAGAAUUUCUCCUUCCUAAGCCAUGGCAUAUCAGUUGUACAGAAAUACCACUUUGGGAAACAGUCUUCAGGAGAGCCUCGAUGAGCUUAUACAGUCUCAACAGAUUACCCCCCAACUUGCCCUUCAAGUUCUACUUCAGUUUGAUAAGGCUAUAAAUUCAGCGUUGGCACAGAGGGUCAGGAACAGAGUCAAUUUCAGGGGCUCUCUAAAUACAUACAGAUUCUGCGAUAAUGUGUGGACUUUUGUAUUGAAUGAUGUUGAAUUCAGAGAGGUGACAGAACUUAUUAAAGUGGAUAAAGUGAAAAUUGUAGCCUGUGAUGGUAAAAAUACUGGCUCCAAUACUACAGAAUGAAUAGGAAAAAAAUGGCUUUUUAAUGCCAUCCUGUUAUUGUUCAUCACUUUUUGAAGAGAAGCAUAGAAGAGACUUUUUUUUAAUUUAUUCUAGCAUUGCAGAAAUGACUACACUGUGCCGUACUAUCAGAGAAUUCCAGUAGAAAGAAGCUUAUACUUCUGUACCUUGUUAAAUUACCUUGUUAUACAGCAUGAAGAAACAGAACUUUUUUUUAAUGACAAAUCAAACAUUGUGGCCUUCCUAAGACCAUUCUUUAAUAAAUUCAUUUUAAAACUCAACGUGAGUAAUAACUGCUAGAGCUACUAAGCAAUAUGGAGAUAUUAGAUAAGGAUUUUGAAAGAGCACCGUGUUCCUUGCAAAGGAAAUUAGAAAAUGCAUUCAUUUCAGUAAAGUUAGUUUUUAUCAAUUGUUUGUUAGUUUAGCUGAUGAAAGCAUUAGCAGGGGCAAGACCAAAAUUCCAGACUGGAACUUUCCAUACAAAAAAAAUUUUUUAAGUACAAAACCAAGGGUAAUUAUUGGUGUGCAAAAUCUAAGUAGAACUCAACUAGGAAAAAUUAAACAACAAAAUAGUCUUUACAUGUA